AUGGACGGUCCUCGUUCAGACAUGGGCCGCUGGGGCGGGAACCCCUUGCAGCCCCCUGCCACACCUUCACCAGAGCCAGAGCCAGAGCCAGACAGACGUUCUCGCAGAGGAGGCUGUUCCUUCUGGGCUCGCUGCUGUGGCUGCUGCUCACGCCGUGGGGCUGAUGAUGACUGGGGGCCUGAACCCUCUGGCUCCAGGGGCCGAGGGUCCAAUCGAAGACCUGACUCCAGGGGCUCAGACUCCCGCCGGCCUGACUCCCGGGGCUCAGACUCCCGCCGGCCCUACGAAUCCUCCGAUCGCAUUACUCUGGAGCUGCUCAUCGGUAACAACCCUGAGGUGGGCAAGGGCACCCACGUGAUCAUCCCAGUGGGCAAGGGGGGAAGUGGGGGCUGGAAGGCCCAGGUGACCAAGGCCAAUGGAAACAAUCUGAACUUGCGGGUCCACACCUCCCCCAAUGCCAUCAUCGGCAAGUUUCAAUUCACGGUCCGCACACACUCCGAGGCUGGAGAGUUCCAGUUGCCCUUUGACCCCCACAACGAGAUCUACAUCCUCUUCAACCCCUGGUGCCCAGAGGACACUGUGUAUGUGGACCAUGAGGACUGGCGGCAGGAGUAUGUGCUUAAUGAGUCUGGCAGAAUUUACUACGGGACCGAAGCACAGAUUGGCGAGAGGACCUGGAACUAUGGCCAGUUUGACCAUGGGGUGCUGGAUGCUUGCCUAUACGUCCUGGACCGGCGGGGGAUGCCGUACGGAGGCCGUGGGGACCCAGUCAGUGUCUCCCGGGUCAUCUCUGCCAUGGUGAACUCCCUGGAUGACAAUGGAGUCCUGAUUGGGAACUGGUCUGGCGAUUACUCCCGAGGCACCAACCCGUCAGCGUGGGUGGGCAGCGUGGAGAUCCUGCUGAGCUACCUACACACUGGCUAUUCUGUCCCCUAUGGCCAGUGCUGGGUCUUUGCUGGUGUGACCACCACAGUGUUGCGCUGCUUGGGUCUGGCCGCCCGCACUGUCACCAACUUCAACUCUGCUCAUGACACAGACACAUCCCUCACCAUGGACAUCUACUUUGAUGAAAACAUGAAGCCACUUGAGCACCUGAACCAUGAUUCUGUUUGGAACUUCCAUGUGUGGAAUGACUGCUGGAUGAAGAGGCCGGACCUGCCCUCGGGCUUUAAUGGGUGGCAGGUUGUGGACUCUACGCCCCAGGAGACGAGCAGUGGUAAGGUAAAUAGUGACAAGGUGUACUGGCAGCGGCAGGACGAUGGCAGCUUCAAGAUUGUGUAUGUGGAGGAGAAGGCCAUUGGCACGCUCAUCGUUACAAAAGCCAUUGGCUCCAACAUGCGGGAGGACAUCACUCACCUCUACAAGCACCCAGAAGGCUCAGAAGCAGAGCGGAAGGCAGUGGAGACGGCAACUGCCCAUGGCAGCAAACCCAAUGUGUAUGCCACCCGGGACUCAGCAGAGGACGUGACAAUGCAGGUGGAGGCACAGGACGCAGUGAUGGGACAGGAUCUGACAGUCUCUGUGGUGUUGACCAAUCGUGGCAGCAGCCGCCGCACUGUGAAGCUGCACCUCUACCUCUCGGUCACCUUCUACACCGGUGUCACUGGGACCAUCUUCAAGGAGACCAAGAAGGAAGUGGUGCUGGCACCAGGGGCCUCGGACCGCGUGGCCAUGCCUGUGGCCUACACAGAAUACCGGCCCCACCUCGUGGACCAGGGGGCCAUGCUGCUCAAUGUCUCAGGCCAUGUUAAGGAGAAUGGGCAGGUGCUGGCCAAGCAGCAUACCUUCCGUCUGCGCACCCCAGACCUCUCCCUCACGUUAUUGGGAGCAGCAGUCGUUGGCCAGGAGUGUGAAGUACAGAUUGUCUUCAAGAACCCCUUGCCUGUCACCCUCACCAACGUCGUCUUCCGGCUCGAGGGCUCCGGCCUGCAGAGACCCAAGAUCCUCAACGUUGGGGACAUCGGGGGCAAUGAGACAGUGACACUGCGCCAGACAUUUGUGCCUGUGCGACCAGGUCCCCGCCAGCUCAUUGCCAGCUUGGACAGCCCACAGCUGUCCCAGGUACACGGUGUCAUCCAGGUGGACGUGGCCCCGGCCUCUGGGAGCAGAGGCGGCUUCUCAGAUACUGGAGGCGACAGUCACUCGGGAGAGACCAUCUCUAUGGCAUCGCGAGGUGGAGCUUAACCCUGUGCCAGGAGCAAUGGGACUGGAUUCAGAUGAGGAAGGACACUGCCCCAUGGUGGGGGCCCACCACAGAGCAGCUCCCCAAGAGCUCAGGUGGGAAGGCCGGGGCACCUCGGGCGGGAGCCAUUCUUCGCUUGCACUGGGCGGCAGAUGCAAAUAAAUUGUUUUUUAAUGAA